GAACCGUGUCAGUCAGACUCCUGCAACUCCCGCUGCCACAAUGAAGUUACUCGCGGUGGUGGUGUUUCUGUUCACCGUCGGCACCGUUUGCCGGGCGGAGCAGCAAAAGUUCGAAAACUACAAGCUCUACUCACUGUACGUCGAGGAUGACGAACAGGCGGAAGAGCUGCACAACUGGUACGCCGACGGGAAGCUCGACUUCUGGAGCUACGGCACACUGAACGACAGCGUCACCGUGAUGGUGCAGCCCGAUCUGCAGGAAUACUUCGAGGCCAUGUUGGACGAUGUGCAGCUCGAAUCGGAGCUGGUAGAGGAGAACGUACAGUCACUGCUCGAGCACGAGCAGGAAAAGCGCAACCUGCACAUCCUGAGCAAGCGUCGCCGGCCCCAGAAGGUCCCGCAGAAGCCGAACAGCACCCAGGGCGAAGUCGAUGAGGAUGCGAUCGAUUUCGAGCACUUUUGGACGCUGGACGAGAUCUAUCGCUAUAUGGAUCGGAUGGAGCGCCAGUACCCGAACCUGGUGCGCGUGCUGAAGAUCGGGCAGACGUACGAGAACCGUUCGAUACUGGCGCUUACGGUCUCAAGAGAUGGGCGCAUCAAUCAGACGCGCCCGGUCGUGCUGGUCGAUGCAGGUGUGCAUGCGCGCGAGUGGGCCUCGCACAUGUCGGCGCUGUAUCUGAUCAACCAGCUGGUGGAGAGUGCGGACAAGAAUGAGGAUCUGCUGUACAAUACGGAUUGGAUCAUUGUGCCGGUGGCUAACCCGGAUGGAUAUGUGUACUCGUACGAGACGAACCGUCUGUGGCGCAAGAACCGCUUUGCUGGCAAUGUGAUGUGCGUUGGUACGGAUGUGAACCGUAAUUUCCCAUUCCGCUGGGGCUACACUUCGCAUUCCUGCACGGAUGGAUACGCUGGCCGUACGCCCGGCUCGGAGAAGGAAACCCAAGCGCUCAUGCUGCUGAUGUCCCAGUUCUCGCGCAGCAUCAAGAUGUACCUAUCGCUGCACAGCUGCGGCGAAUAUAUCCUCUACCCGUACGGUUUCACCUUCCAGUUCGUACCGAACGAGGCCGAACUUCACGCUCUCGGCACGGAGGCGGCCGAAGCGGUCAAGAACGUUGGCGGUCCCGAGUACAUCGUUGGGCAGGCAUCGGGUCUGCUGUAUCUUGCCACCGGUAGUGACGAUUUCAUCUACGGUGCGUACGGUGUCCAGUACGCGUACACGCUGGAGCUGUCGUGCGGAAACCGUGGCUAUGGCUUCAUCAUUGAGCCGGACCAGAUUGAGCCGAUUGCGGCGGAAACGUUCGAGAUGAUGAAGGUGUUUGGCGUGCACGCCGGCAGCCUGAAGAUUAGCAAGCGUCCAGAUGCUCGGCCGAACCGAACGGGCACCGAUUCCCGAGCACCAGAUCCAGUUGUCGUUUGGCAGUGGAUGAGCGAAGCAAUGAAGCGGCUAACAAUCGUGACCGGCUGUUUGCUGGCCUUGGCAUUCGCCAAAGCCGGUUCUUAUCAUGAAUUCGAGCUGUACAACGUGCGCCCGGAAACGGCGGAACAGCUGUCGGUGCUGCUCAAGUGGCGCAAUGGGCAGGAGAUUGAGGUGGACUUUUGGGAUGCACCGAAGGUGGGCCGUAGCGCACGCCUCAUGGUGACCAGGGAGGACCACAAGCGGGUGGAAGAGUUCCUGGAGCAGCACGACAUCGAGUACGAUCUGGUGGCGGAAGAUGUGCAGGAGUUGCUGAAUCGAGAGCAGCGGCGUAAUGUGGAGCACGGACGGCGGCUGAGGCGUGACUCGAAUUCGCGUGCCACUGUUAAUUUCGAGCACUUCUGGACGCUGGACGAGAUCUACGAGUAUCUGGACGAGCUGGCGGUGGCGUACAAUGGGCUGGUGCGCGUCUCGGAGAUCGGUCGUACGCAUGAGGAUCGCCCCAUCAAGGCCAUCACAAUCUCGACCAGGGGUGCAGUCGAUCAGACCCGUCCGAUUGUGUUUAUGGAUGGAGGUAUUCAUGCCAGAGAAUGGGCCGGCGUGAUGUCGGUCAUGUACAUGAUCCACGAGUUUGUGGAACACUCGGACCAGUACGCCGAGCAGCUGUCCAACACGGACUACGUCAUCGUGCCGGUUGCCAACCCGGACGGGUACGUCUACACCCACGAGCAGAACCGUCUGUGGCGCAAGAACCGUUCACCGGGCAAUGUACUGUGCUACGGCGUGGACCUGAACCGCAACUUCCCCUUCCAGUGGGAUCGUACGACCAGUGAGUGUACCAACAACUUUGCCGGCCAUGCCGCUUCCUCAGAAAACGAAACCAAAGCACUGAUCGGACUGAUGGAUCAGUAUAAGGCCGCCAUUCGCAUGUACCUGGCGGUGCACACGUACGGCGAGAUGAUUCUGUGGCCGUGGGGUUACGAUUUCCUGCACGCCCCGAACGAGGACGAUCUGCAGCGGUUGGGCGAACGGGCACGCGAUGCACUGGUGGCGGCUGGCGGGCCCGAGUACGAGGUGGGCAAUUCGGCCGACAUUCUGUACACGGCUUCCGGGGCGACGGACGACUACGCGUACAGCCUGGGCGUGCCGUACUCGUACACGCUCGAGCUGACGGGCGGUGGAUCGCAAGGGUUCGAUCUGCCCGCGGCCGAGCUGGCGCGCGUUACCUCGCAGACGUUCGAGCUGCUGAAGGUGUUCGGGCAGCAUGCGGGCACACUGUCGGUGACUUCGUAA